UUCAUUAUAUCCUAGUAAAUUAUAAAACUAGCGGGAAAAGGAUUAACAGCGCCACCUGCAGACUGUUAUCAUGUACAACAGCCAUAAACCUGACGUUAUUAUGGAUACACUAUUUUAUCAACUGAAAAUAUUCCUAAACGAAGGAACUUUUUCAAUUAGAUUUAACAUUUAAUCCAUAGGAAUAUAAGCAUUUGCUUUAUCACCCCCUCAAGCUUGAUCGUCCCUUCACUAAACACCAACACCAAAUCACAAAACCCCAAUCACAUGACUUUCUGAAAACGAUGCAAUUCUCUAUACGGCUGUUCAUUGUAAAAUGCGUUGCUCGACGCACAGUGGAUCCUCGGUGUCAUCGUAUCAACUCAUUAUGAAGAACCUUGGUUUAAUCUUUAUUUUCACAUUAUUCGUAAACGUGGUGUCUGGCAUUGAGACAGAUGUUGUGGAGUCGGUAUCAGUGAUUGUGGGAGAUUCUGUCACUCUACAGACAGAUGUAACUCAGAUACAGAGCAAUGAUGUGAUUGAGUGGAGCUUUGAAGGAUAUGUCAUAGCUAGAGUCAACAGUGACUCCAGUAACAGUGUACAGGUUAAUUCUGCUGGGAAAUUCAGAGACAAACUGCAGCUGGACAAUCAGACUGGAGAUCUCAAGAUCAGAGACAUCAGAACUGCAGACUCUGGACUUUAUGAACUUGAUAUCAACAGCCCCACAGGUUUAUCAAAAAAGACCUUCAAUGUCAGUGGUGUGAUUGAUUUGGCGUCAGAUGGAGUGACGGUCGUGUCGGUGAUAGAGAGAGACUCUGUCGUUCUACCCUCAGGCCUUACUAAAAUACAGAGAGAAGAUCAGAUAACCUGGAAGUUUAAAGACACAAUCAUAGCUGAAAUAAAUCCAGCAGCUGGACUCUUCUCUACAUAUGACAAUGUUGUUGAUGGGAGAUUCAGAUACAGGCUGCAUCUGAACAAUCAGACUGGAUCGCUCAUCAUUACUAACAUCAAACCUAACAUCUCUGGACUUUAUGAAAUAAACAUCAGCAAGAGCAGCAGCAGAUACACCACGCACAAGACAUUCAAUGUGACAUCUGUCGGUGAGUCGACUCAAUAG